AUGGCGACGUCAGCGACAGAGGCGGUUACCCGCGCGGUACCGAACUUCAGGCUCGGACUGAAGAAGGUCUACCUGCCUUCCCACACGAUCACCCUCAUCCGAAAAGACAAAUUACCACCCAACUGGGCCGUAUUCCAGGUGCCCCUCACCUUCACCAAGUUCGACCUGCGCGACUACCUAUGGAACCUCUACGGUGUCGAGACGACGGCGGUGCGGUCGUGGGUGAUGGCCAAGAAGGUGGAGCGCAAGAGCAAGAACCACGGGCACUACCGCCCGCAGUCGGACAAGUUCAUGCAGGUGCAGCUGGUGAAGCCGUUCGCCUUCCCGCCGCCGCCCGAGGACCUCGAGCCCUGGAACAAGAAGCUGUGGAAGGCCCGCGAGCAGCUCAAGUGGGACCACUACAAGCCGCUGGAGCUGCGCCAGCAGGGCAAGCUGUCGUACCCGAGCAGGGCGCCCAGAAGCCUCGAGAGAAAGGCCCUCGCGGAGCAGGCUAAGGCGCUGCUAGGCGGGGAGAAGGAGUGGGAGGGCCCGAAGGAAAUGGAUAGCAAGUGGGAUAUGAUUGUUGAGGCGUCGAAGAAGAUGAAGAACGAGGGCGAGAAGAAGGCUGAGGGUGAGGCGAAGGUUGAGGGCGAGGACAAGUAA